AGCAGUGCAUGCAGAUCAGCCGAGUGGUAGAGCAAAGACACGCGAUUGGUGCAAGAAUUGCGAACACCGGCAGUGUGCUUCUAUUCACGGAAAAGAACCGAGGAUAGAUCCGGCUCCGUCGAACGAGAGACUGUUCAGAGGCUUCGUUUGUGAAUCUAGCAUUUGAUAAGGACUCAAGGGUUCCUAGCAACGUAUGACUCACUUAAGAAGAUCAAGAAGAAACAAAGAGUUAACGAUGUAUUUUGUAUAACCUUUGUUUAAUUAGGCUGGUCGGUAACUUAUUUUUGUUUCCUUUUAUAGUGAUUAAACGCCGGUCAAAAGUUACCCGCGGUGAUCAACGGUUUAUUACAAAUCACUACGGUUUUUGGAUAAAGUUUUUUUUAAGGGUCCGAAGGUCUUGGGAUUCAGGACUAAAGGUUUGAAGAAGCCCGUUAGAGGGGUGUUGAGAGUCCGUUCAUAAUCAGGGUGUCCGUCCGUCAACGAUGGAGAACGCACACACGAAGACGGUGGAGGAAGUUUACAGUUUUUUCUCCGUGAACGAGAGUACGGGACUCGGCCUGGAGCAAGUGAAGCGACAGCGCGAGAAAUGGGGACCAAACGAAUUGCCUGCGGAAGAGGGUAAAUCACUAUGGGAGUUGGUGGUGGAGCAAUUUGAGGACCUUUUAGUGAGGAUUCUUCUCUUGGCAGCUUGCAUUUCUUUUGUAUUGGCCUGGUUUGAAGAGGGAGAGAACACCAUAACCGCAUUUGUGGAGCCUUUUGUAAUAUUGCUAAUUCUUAUAGCCAACGCCAUUGUAGGAGUCUGGCAGGAAAGAAAUGCAGAAAAUGCCAUUGAGGCCCUCAAGGAGUAUGAGCCUGAGAUGGGAAAAGUCUAUCGUCAGGACAGGAAGACUGUACAGAGGAUCAAAGCCCGGGACAUCGUUCCCGGGGACAUUGUGGAAGUUGCCGUGGGUGACAAGGUUCCUGCUGACAUUCGCUUGACGUCAAUCAAGUCAACGACCCUGAGGGUGGACCAGUCCAUUCUAACAGGAGAGUCUGUGUCAGUAAUCAAGCAUACAGACCCUGUACCUGACCCUCGCGCUGUGAACCAGGACAAGAAGAACAUGCUCUUUUCUGGUACCAACAUUGCAGCUGGCAAGGCAGUGGGCGUAGUGGUUGCUACUGGCGUGAACACUGAGAUCGGCAAAAUCCGUGAUGAGAUGGCUUCCACAGAGCAGGAUCGCACACCACUGCAGCAAAAACUUGAUGAGUUUGGCCAGCAGCUCUCCAAGGUCAUCUCCCUGAUCUGCAUCGCAGUGUGGAUCAUCAACAUCGGACACUUCAACGAUCCCGUUCACGGUGGCUCGUGGAUCCGCGGAGCAGUGUACUAUUUCAAGAUCGCUGUUGCACUAGCUGUGGCCGCCAUCCCAGAAGGACUGCCUGCUGUUAUCACUACCUGCCUGGCUCUGGGUACCCAUCGUAUGGCCAAGAAGAAUGCUAUUGUACGCUCUCUGCCCUCCGUAGAGACCUUGGGCUGCACCUCCGUCAUCUGCUCGGACAAGACCGGCACUCUUACCACCAAUCAGAUGUCUGUUUGCAGGAUGUUCAUUGUUGAUCAGGCAGAUGGAAAAAGCUGUUCCCUGAAAGAGUUCAGCAUUACUGGCUCCACAUACGCCCCUGAUGGACAAGUGUUUCAUGAAGGCAAACCAGUGCAGUGCUCCCAGUAUGAUGCUCUGGUUGAAAUGGCCACCAUCUGUGCUCUAUGCAAUGACUCCUCUCUAGAUUUCAAUGAGUCCAAAGGUGUGUAUGAGAAGGUGGGAGAAGCCACAGAGACUGCACUCACUUGUCUGGUGGAGAAAAUGAAUGUGUUUGACACACAGUUGAAGGACCUUUCCAAGGUUGAGAGAGCGAACGCAUGCAACUCAGUCAUCAAGCAGCUGAUGAAGAAAGAGUUCACUCUAGAGUUCUCACGAGACAGGAAAUCCAUGUCGGUUUACUGCACUCCCAACAAAGCUCGCUCCUCCAUUGGCAAGAUGUUCGUUAAGGGUGCUCCAGAGGGAGUUAUUGACAGAUGCACGCACAUCCGUGUGGGUGGGAAUAAGGUUCCCUUGACGGCAGGCAUUAAAGAGAAGAUCAUGUCUGUGAUCCGCGAGUAUGGCACAGGACGUGACACUCUGCGCUGUCUGGCUCUGGCCACCCGUGACAACCCGUUGAGUAAAGAGAGCAUGGUACUGGAGGACUCGAGACGAUUUAUUGAGUAUGAGACGGACCUGACCUUUGUGGGAUGUGUGGGCAUGCUGGACCCCCCCAGAGCCGAGGUGGCAGCUUCCAUCAAACUCUGCCGGCAGGCGGGCAUCCGAGUCAUCAUGAUCACUGGUGACAAUAAGGGCACAGCUGUUGCCAUUUGCAGACGCAUCGGCAUCUUUGGUGAGGAUGACGAUGUCUCGCGCAUGGCCUACACUGGCCGAGAGUUUGACGAUCUGUCUCUUGCUGCCCAGCGUGAGGCAGUGCUCACUGCUCGUUGCUUCGCCCGUGUCGAGCCCUCCCACAAAUCCAAGAUUGUGGAGUUCCUGCAGUCCUACGAUGAGAUCACUGCCAUGACUGGAGAUGGUGUGAACGAUGCACCUGCUCUGAAGAAGGCUGAAAUCGGCAUCGCAAUGGGCUCAGGCACGGCGGUGGCCAAGACUGCAUCUGAGAUGGUGCUCGCUGAUGAUAACUUUUCUACCAUUGUGGCUGCUGUGGAAGAGGGUCGUGCCAUUUACAACAACAUGAAACAAUUCAUUCGCUACCUCAUCUCCUCAAAUGUCGGCGAGGUGGUCUGCAUUUUCUUAACGGCGGCUUUGGGGUUCCCAGAGGCUCUGAUCCCAGUUCAGCUGCUGUGGGUGAAUCUGGUGACUGAUGGUCUGCCUGCCACCGCACUGGGCUUCAACCCACCUGACUUAGAUAUUAUGACCAAACUCCCUCGCAAUGCCAGAAAGCCCCUCAUCUCUGGCUGGCUCUUCUUCAGAUACCUGGCCAUUGGCUGUUAUGUUGGUGCUGCUACUGUAGGUGCUGCUGCCUGGUGGUUCGUUGCUGCUGAGGAUGGGCCCAGGGUCACCUUCUACCAACUGAGCCACUUCUUGCAGUGUGCCUCAGACAACCCUGACUUUGAGGGCUUGAAGUGUGAGGUGUUUGAGUCUCCAUAUCCCAUGACCAUGGCUCUGUCUACUUUAGUCACCAUUGAGAUGUGCAAUGCCCUCAACAGUGUGUCCGAGAACCAGUCUUUGCUGCUUAUGCCCCCCUGGGAGAAUGUUUGGCUACUAGGAGCCAUCUGCCUUUCUAUGUCCCUUCACUUCCUUAUCCUUUAUGUGGAGCCCCUACCGAUUAUUUUCCAGAUCACCCCACUGAAUGUGACCCAGUGGCUUAUGGUGCUGAAGAUCUCGCUUCCAGUCAUCUUGCUGGAUGAGGUGCUCAAGUUUGCUGCCAGAACCUACCUGGAGCCCAGUAAAGACCUGGACAAGCCCAAAGGCAAGGCCUGCUCCCUCAGCACCUGCAUUGAGGGCAUCUCCUGGUCCUUUGUGGCUAUUUCACUCCCCCUGGUGUUGUGGAUCUAUAGCACUGACACUAACUUGGCCGAAAUGUUUUGGACUUAACUGUGAUGAGCACAAAGACCACACUAUGUGUGUAGAUAGUGUGUACAUUUGUGUCUGUAUGUAUGGCUGUGCAUUUAAAGUGUGCCUCUGCAACAGUGAAUGUGUACAAGAAGGACAGGAUUAACACAAACAUAACAGUAAUAUAGAAACUUUUUUUUUUUUCUUUUUUUAAAUGUCCUGUGGGGAUUGAGAAGGCACAGACCGGAAGUCUUUAAGUAUUAAUGACCAUUAAUGUUCUUAGCACAUUUGUGCACUUCCUGCUGGUUUGUUUUGCCCUUUGUUUUUGUUUUUUUGUUUUUUAUAAUUUGGAUACGUUGUCUUAAUAUCUGAUAUCUCAAACCAGUAAGAAUAAUGGUUAUUUCCAUUUGUUUUCCCCCUGUAUCAUGUGUUUAAAUGGCUAGAUGAAAAAAGAAGUGCUUUUGUAGAGACAUUUAACACUAUUUUAUGCAGUUCAUUUGUUCCCUUUUUUUCCCGUUUGGGUAAUGAAGAGGAGAGUGGGGUGGUAGAUUUGAGUAGAGAAAGAGAAAAGAAUAGAAGAACUGUUUACUAAUGUUUACCUUUGUGUCUUCGGCGUGCACAUCACCCAGAGCCAUUGGACAAGCGUAGUGUUUCAAAGCAGCAUGGGAAAGCGUGUAGGACUGAAUGUUUGAGUGCGUCAACAGAGUCAAAUCCUGGGAUGAAAGCUGCAUGUUCUGUAUGUUGCAUGCAUUGUGUGUGGGUUUUCGUUUAUGAUUUGUACUUGUGUGUCUUUCUCUUUAUGUAAUAACUUCCAUUAUUUGAUGAUACAUUUAUUUUUUCCACUAUUACCUUACACUUUUGAUUAGUAAAGCCAGUUUUUCUGCACGAGGCAGAGUACAGCUACCUCAGGACUGUCAGACUAGACUCUCUUUUUGGUUGCUUCCCCCCACUAAGCUCUACACAGCUUGUAUACAUUACUACAUGAGGUGGGCCUCUAUUUGGCUUGUUGAUAACAAAAUAUUCAAAUUCAUUUGGCCCAAACUAAUCUGUUUUAAGUUUCUUUUUCAUUGUAUUUUAUAAUUGAAUGAACUUGCAUUAACUUAAUUUUGGGUUUUACUUUUUGAUGGGAUGGGCUGGAUUGGAAAAAAGAUGUAAAUGUUACUAUUUUUUUUGGGGUGGGGGUGGGUAGUUCAGAGACAAAGGAUUAGAAAAUUUAACAAGUAUAGGUGUUGCAUUUAAAACAUGAAUUUUACAAUGCAAACCAAAUGUUUCACGCUACCUUUUUUUUUCUACUUUUACAAAAAUACACUCAUAUACCAAUUUGAAUUCAAAUGCGUGUCUUCAUUUUACUAGCUGUUCUGUUUCUAUGAUGCAACACGUCAUGUUUUAGGAGCAAAUAUACUUGAAUAAUGAAAUUAAUGUACAGAGAUAUAAUUAAAUACCUGAGCACAAGAUUGACAGCUGGGAGGAGCUUCCUUGCGAAGCUGUCUCCUAUUCUGCCCUCACCAGCCAAUGGAGAGGCCUGUAUAUUUGUACACAGCACAUAUACAGUAUGGUACAAAGUACUUUUUUUUUUUAAUAUUAUUAUUAUUAUUAUUAUAUAGAGCUUUCAGUCAUUUAGUUGUCCAUGGCAUCACACAAAUUACUGCUUGUUGAAAUGGAUGCAUGCCUCUGACUAUGCCCUAAUUGUGGUAUCAUCAGUGUUUUAUCUAACAACCAUGCACUUUUCCCUUCAAUGCCUCAGUGGGCUUCCAUUUAAAUAAAUGUCACUCAUUUUUACUGCUACACAUUUCUCCACUGAGCCCUUUCCACGUCAGCCCAUCACAUUUUACAAUGAUGUCCCGAAGCCUCAAGAUUUGCUGGAUUUGACUUGCCUGCUACAUGUAAAACUGCUACAUUUCUUAAGACUGCUGCAGUUUCUAGCUGCAAUUAACACAUGACCGAAUUUGCUUGAGAGUACAUUCCACUGUUAAAGUAUAUUCCACUGCAAUACAUUCUGUUUUAAACAAUGUAUAGUAAAUGCUUUGUAAAAUGACUUUGAGUCCGCUUUUUCAUGUGAUUGAUUUUUUUUCUCCAUAUCAUUUCAAUCUUGCCUCAGAUUAAGCUUGAUGAAAUGAAUAUACUUCAUUAGCUUUUAUUAGAGUGGUCCGUACACUGUGGUCUGACUUGCUCAGGAACUGAUUUUGGGUGUUGGCAUUAAAAAGAAGCUAAAUAAAACUAGUGCCAUUAGAAAUACACUAUGUUGCAAACUCUUUUUCUCAGUAGACAUUGCCUUUUAUAUCAAAAAUUAAACAUACUGCCGAUUAUCUACACCUGUGUUAUACUGUGCUAAAUAUUUACUUAAUAGUGCACUUUAGAGUUUUCAUUUCUUCCUUUAAAAUUCAAAUAUUCCUCUCUUUUCAUUUGUCUUUGUUAGAAGCUAAUGCUUGGUAAAAACCUGCCCUCUGCUUGAAACCCCUGGCUUCUGUGUUGUGCAUGUCUGUUUUAAGUAUCUUUAUUUUGCUGAGUAUGAUGAAUGUGCGUUUCAGAGAAAAUGGCCAUCAUUAUACUGACAGAACACAUAUAAGAGAGGUGUUGUGGAAGAUCAGUCAGAUUACAGAAGGAUCAAUAAUAAUGAAUAAAUUACAGAUAAAUAAAAUAACCAUUGUUUGGAAGCAAGCAGCAUCAUCGGUCCUGUACCCUGCAUGAAUAUAUGUCUACCAUUGCCUAAUGCGCAAGGAAAGUUUGUUGCAAUUUUUUUCAGUGUAAAAUUUCAUCAUUUUAUAUUCAUGUAUUAUAUAGAAAAAUGCAUGCCUAAAGUUGUAAUUAGCCAAAUAAUUUGAUCUAUAUUUAUAUAGCUAAACUUGCUGCGUACAUUGCUGCUAAACGGUAUGAUAUGAUUAUACACAUCGUUUUACAAAUAAACUCCCCAGUUUAAUUUUAC